GUCGACUUUACCUUCUAAAUGUGUUUCCGAUGGAUGAAGAGGCUUUACCACUAUCUCCGGCGGAAAUGUUCCCGGCGGAACCGGGGCUACAGCCGGGACAUCUCCAUGAACCACCGCGGAUUCUGCUCCGGGGCCUUCGCCAACCGCCACGGGCACACCUCCUUCUCCUGCAGCGGGGAAAGCUCCGUCACCUACAGCCGCAGACCCUCGUCCUGCCCGCCCCUGCCAGCGCCAGCCCCCUACAGCACCUCAGGGGGGUACUCGUGGGACACCAGUGGGGAUUGCGGGGUCACGUCUGGCUGGGACCCCACGGUGGGGACCAUCCCAGUCUACGGCCCCGGAGUGGGAAUGGGGUACAGCAGCGAGGACGUGGGCCCGGCCAUCAGCAGCGCAGGGGGAGGUGGGGGAUCCAUCUACCACGGAGGGAAUUCGGGAAUGGCCGAGGAAGCAGGGGCUGGGUAUGGAUACUCUGCACCCCUGAGUGACACCCUAAGCACGGGGAGGGUCUCUGAGGGAUCAGGGUACUACGGGGGAGGGUAUGGAUAUGGGACACACGGAGCUGGGACAUUCCUCGGCCCAGAGCUCGGCCCUGCGGGCGGGGGAUGCGCCCAGGUGGUGCAGCAGAAAUGCCCUGUGGUCGUCCCACCCGUCAAGACCAAGCAGUGCAAGCAGAGCACCCACUGGCCCCCCAUCCAGAAGAAGUGACUGGCCCAGCAGCCUCUGCCACAUCCCCAAAGUGCCCCUGGAUGUGCCGCAGUGGAAUUUUCCCCCGGAGGUGUCAUGACAUCACAGAGCUCUGCAUUCCUGUGCUGACAACGGCCGCCCAGGAGCUGCUGGAAAAAGGGGUUUGUGCUGUGGUGAUGGGAAAAGAUUCUUUUCUCCAUCUCCUCUGGAUCACGGGUUGGAAAAUAAAAUCUCACAGCCUGUGGGUAGUUUCAA